AUUUAGUUUUAUUGUCUCGUUUGUUGUGAGAAGUUGUUGUUUAAUAUAUUUGUGAAUGAUUUUGUUGCAAAGAGGCCAAAGAAUUUAUAGUAUAGUUUUGCCUUUAAUUGGUAAAAAUACAGGUGGAGUGCAAAAAUACUUUCAAAAAUAGAAUAACAUUGAGCAUACAAAUCAGAACAGUGGGACGACUCAGGAAAAUUCAAACCAGCAAACACAACUAGCAACGCAGAUAACUCUCUAAUCAAAACAGCCAAAAAAAUAAACAAUUUAGAAAAUAUGGAAAAUAAAAGUGAAAAAGUAGCAAUCAACAAGGAGGAGCUUAAAAAGCGUCUAACACCUUUACAAUAUCAAGUUACCCAGGAAGCAGCCACUGAAAGACCUUUUACCGGUUGCUAUAAUAAACACAACGAAAAAGGAGUCUAUCAAUGUAUAGUUUGCCAUCAGGACCUGUUCAGUUCUGAUACCAAAUACGAUUCCGGCUGUGGCUGGCCUGCGUUCAACGAUGUUCUAGAUAAAGGCAAAAUAUCAUUACACCGCGAUGCAAGUAUACCAGUAGUUAUUUCAAAAAUGUUAGGCAUGGUACGCACUGAAGUGCGAUGUUCAAAGUGUUCAGCACAUAUGGGUCACGUAUUCGAUGACGGUCCACCGCCAAAGCAUCUGCGAUAUUGUAUCAAUUCGGCUUCAAUCGAUUUCAUACCAAUGAAACCGUCCGCAGUGCAAACAAAAAAAUAAGUUUGGUUAUAGUAAAUUUAUUUGAAUUUAAAUUUUAUUAAAAAUAUAUAUAUGUAUUUUGUUAUUGUAUAAAUAAUCAAAGAAUAUCGAAUCCGUUUUUAACAUUUGAUUUUUGUGUACUAUUUAAAUGAGUUAAGUUGUUAUAAUAAAAU